CAUGGUCUGUGGGGAUGUAUAUGUCAUCUAUUAUUUUUCAGAGGUCUAGAUUAUUAUGUUCUCUGGGAUAUCCUUACAAUAUGCUUUUUAUCAUUCAUUUAUAUUCUUUUGGAAUGGCAGUCUAGUGGAUCACCUCCUUCUGCUUUUCGGGUGCCGUAUGAUUCUUUCAGGGAACUGGGUGAUUCUAGUGAUACCAAUGGUUUUGAAUCUUCCGAUGUCAAAAUUUCUGGCAAUUCAGUGGAAGAUUCCAAGUUCUCAGAUUUGCCUUAUGAGUUCAUAUGCUUUUUCCUUUCUAGUCAGAGGCUUGACCUAUAUAAAACAAUCGACCAGCGGUGUGAAGAUAUGCUAUUAGGAAGGGAUGGGAUUCUGUCUGAGGCUCGAUGGCUUCUAAAGUUGGGUCUUCAUCCCAACUCCAAUUCUGCAACACGAGCAAUCGGCUAUAGACAAGCUAUGGAAUACCUACUUAGAUGCCAACGACAUGGAGGGCAGAGUUCAGCUGAAGAAUUUUACAAUUUUUUAUCUGAAUUUCAAAAAGAAACUAGGAAUUUUGCAAAAAGACAAUUGACAUGGUUUCGCAAUGAUCAUAUUUACCACUGGCUCGAUGCUUCCAAGCCACUGGAUGCAAUUAUUGAAUUCAUUAACAAUGCAUAUCAUGAUUGGAGUGGAAAGCUCGUUGUGCCUGAACACCUUAGAAUGUCUAAAGAUAUAUCUAAUCGCCAAGAAGCUGCUCAACUUAAGUCUUACCGCACAAAAAAUAGGCAUUUCAUGAAAGAUGAAGAUUGUUCUCGUAUUCUGGAGUGGAUAAGAAAGACUGAAGAAUGAACCAAUGGUCCGUUUCCUUUUGCAUUCCCUCACACUGGCCUCAAUUUUGACAUUAUUGAAGAAAGAAGAAUGCUGUUCAGAUUGCACGUAAAGAUGCCAGAAUCAAGAAACGCUGAAAUGUUCAAAAUGGAGAGACUGGUCAACAAAAGCUGAGAAAGGUAUAGCAUGUAGGAAAGAAGUUGAUCAGCACAUGUAGGCUGAAGAAAACUGAUGGAACAUAAGGAUGAUACGUAUAUUUUGAAGAAACCUAUAGAAAGAAAUGAAUUUGCUUUGUGUUUUAAUUUUUCUUUCUACUCAAGAAAACCAAAUUUGA